AAAUCGUACGGAAAUCAGUGUGGCAUUCCGCUCACUGCCCGCGAGGUGGCUAAUUCGCGAGUGAUAAGAUCUUCAAGCGUGGACACCGCUUACGCAGCUAACGAAGAGACGCGAGGGACGAGAAACGUCGCGCUUUGUUCCGCCCUGCCGAAAGCAAGUUCGAGGCCGAGGAGGGCACCGGAUGCGUCGGGAUACGGGGAUCCUGCGGACCAGGACCCUACGUCGCGCCCCAGAUAUUCGAGAGCCAUCGCUUUCCCGGGAAUAAUAGACGCACAAGUAACAGCCAUGGCAGAUGGUUCAGCCAUCGGCACGUUGUUUCUCGCUAGCCGCUAGCGCGUUAUUGUAUAUUCCACAUCCGCACGGACGAGUCGAUCGGAUGCAGCGAGGGCCGGCCGAUACCGAAGGAGCAUCUGUGCAUCUUCGUGUUCAUGCAAAUCGGUGUUGUGUUGUGAAGCCUCCAGGAGGCCGGGCGCGACCGCGAACGGGCAGUUCCGUGCAACAAGUAGCCGCAGAGAGGCGGGAAAGGGGGGUGCAGAUAUCAAGACAAUCGUCGGCGGUACCCAGCGGUCUCUCUUCGCCGCCGCUCCUCAACAUGUUCGCCGACGGGUUGCCCGGGUUCCUCACGGAGUCCUGGAUCACUCCGGUGCUGUUUUUCUCCAUGUUGUCGGUCAUGCUGCUGCUGCUGGUGAAACGUGGCAAAUUCCUGUACGCCCUGAGGAACGUGCCUUAUCCUACCGCACUGCCUGUCAUCGGCAACGCAUAUCAGCUCAAUUGUUCAACGGAAGAGUUCUUCAAGAAGCUGGUGAAAUGGGCCGAGCAGUUCGGUGACAUUUUCCUCAUCUGGGUCGGCAUGCGACCGUUCAUCUUCCUCUACAAGGCGGAGGCGGUGCGACCCUUGCUGAAGAGCAGCAUCCACAUCGACAAGAGUCUCGAGUACGAGUACUUGAAGCCCUGGCUGGGUACCGGCCUGGUGACCAGCAACGGUGAGAAAUGGCAUCAUCGCAGGAAGCUACUGUCAUCGACGUUUCACAGUCACCUUCUCAACGAUUACCUAAAGAUCGUCGUGAGAGAAGCGGACACUCUGAUUUCUUGUCUGAAGGGACAAAUCGGCAAGUCGGACUUUGACGUUGUCCCGUACAUGAAACGUACAACCCUCGACAUUAUUUGUGAUAGCGCUAUGGGCAUUCAACUUAAUGCGCAGACCAAUUAUGAAAAUGAAUAUGUUAUUGCUGUGGAUAAAGUUGCCUCUAUCAUGCAGAUGAGAUUCACGAACAUUUGGAUCUCUUAUGACCCAAUUUUUAAGAUGACAAAGUUGGGGAAGGAGCAUGAUUCCGCCCUCCGUAUUAUCAACGACUUAGUUGAGAAGGUCAUCGCGAACAGGAAAACGGAGUGGAUGUCAAAGUGCGAUGGGAACUUCAACGAGUCGACGACGAAGAAGCAGGCUCUACUGGACCUGUUGCUGGAGAUGUCUCACAAACACACCGAUUUCACCGACAACGACAUCCGUGACGAAGUGAACACCUUCAUGUAUGCUGGACACGAUACGACGGCUACCAGCGUGUCCUGGACGCUUUAUGCGCUUGGUCGGCAUCCCGAAUACCAAAAAAAAAUUCUGGAUGAAUUCGACGAGGUAAUUGGUACGGAGAAGAUCUCCUUGGACAACUUAAGUAAACUGACAUGGUUGGAUGCUUGCGUAAAGGAGCAGUGGAGAUUAUACGCGGUUGCUCCGCUCAUCGCCAGGCAAAUUUACAAGCCGAUCGAAAUAAUGGGCAACGUAAUUCCACCUGGCUCGACCGUUCUUAUAAAUUCCUACUUGCUGCAUCGCGACUCCCGUCACUUUUCCGAUCCGCACGUUUAUCGGCCAGAGCGAUUCCUGCCGGACAGCCCCAAGCUGCCCAGAUAUGCUUUCAUCCCCUUUAGCGCUGGCUCGCGCAACUGCAUCGGCUGGAAGUUCGCCACUAUCAUAGUCAAAGUAAUCAUCCUAAUGAUACUCAGAUCUUUUCACGUGGAAGCCCUCGACAGGGAAGACCAGCUGCGCUUCAUAUCUGAAUUAGUGCUAGUCAACGCGGACGGAAUUCGUCUCAAAGUCACAUCGCGUGAUAAGCAUACUAAUUCCUAAGUAUUCAUGCGUAUAUUCUAAUACCUUUAUACAUAGAGAAUGUAUAUAAGAGUGUAUACAAGUAUUUAUUGUAUAUAUAAGAAGAAUGUAUAUAGGUAAAUUCAUUGUAA